AUGUCCCGCCCGCGUCCAUGGCUCGCGCCUGUGGCGCUGCUGCUGUUCACCGUCUUGGCUGCAGUUGCGUCGAACUCGCGCGUCUCGCCACUGCAGCAGCACCGACAGUUGAGCGAGAAUGACCAGGAAGUCUACGCGCGGCUGCUGGAGGAGCAGACGGCCAUGGCGGACGACGAAGCGGCCUGCAACGCCAGCGCCAGCAGCAGCGUGCUGUCCACGUACCUGUCGGCGCUGCCCUCCGUCGCCGGGCUGCAGGGCUGCAUCGCCACCAACAUCGCGCAGCUGUACCCGUCCAUCGCCGGCUCCGGGUCGCAGUGCAACCUCACGACGCUCAGCUCGCUCGUGAGCGGCGACUCGGACGACUCGGCCGCAUUCUCGGAGGUGCUGAACCUGCUGCUCGCGGGCGUCGUGAGCUCCAGCGGCUCCGGCUCCAGCUCGACGGACCUAUCCAGCGCCUUGUCCUCGUGGAGCGACGACAGCAGCACGCUGCAGGGCUUCUGCAGCGUCAUGAACACACAGGCGGGGCCCUGCGUCGAGGCGCUGCUGCCCGAGCUCCUCUCGCUCCUGGAUAGCGACGCCACGUGCUGCAGCGAGCUCAACGGGUACCUCGAGGUGGUGAAGCUCAUCGUCCCCACGGGCCAGACGCUGGAGCAGACGCUGCUGAGCUUGAUCAACGGGCUGCACCAGACCAUGUGCACCACCACGAGCUCGGACGAUCAGCUGUGCUCCGUUCCGAUGAGCUCGUACCUAUCUGGCGUCGUGACGAGCGACGAGUCGUCGCUGCUUGGCGCCAUCAUCUUCCAGGCCGGCGUCCCGCUGUACGCUGCGUCCGAGAGCGACGUCUGCUCCUCGCUGGAGACCACGAGUCUGGCCAGCGGCCUCGCCAGCGGCAAGGAUCUUUCGUACUAUGCGGCGUCGUGCUGUGCGGCAGCUCUGUCGUCGUUCUUGGAGAGCGUAGACGCCCUGGCGACGCACGUGUCGGGCAACUCGAUGGCGGAGCUGUUCACGCUCAUCACGGGUCGCCAGAACGCCGCGACGCAGUUCUCCUCGCUGUACUCGACGGUCCAGGGCUGCAGCUUCGGCUCAACGUGCACAUCUCCGUCGUUCACCAUCUCGAGCUCGAGUUCCGGUGCUGGAUCCUCAUCGAGUAGCGCCGCCGCGGACAGCAAAACGUUUACUCCGGAGAACGUCACGUGUACGCUGGUCAACUUCUGCGAUAGUGACGACGUGUGCAGCGAGGUGUGCGAGGCUGGAACCGCGCUCAUUGAGCCGUGGGUGUCCCGCGCCAUCACCUACCAGCGCAACCUCUCGUACGCGGAGACGCUGUGCUACGCGGAGAUCCCCGCGACCCACAACAGCGUCAUCACGCGAGCCCGCGGCUACGGCAACCGCGACCAGCUCUUCAACGCGAAGCUGAACGCCUCGAACGCCGACUCGUACAUGCGCACAAGCAACCAGUACCUGAGCGUGACGGAUCAGCUGGACCUUGGCGUGCGCUUCCUCGAGCUGGACGUGCACUACUUCGCCUCUUCGUUGCGCAGUGCUCACUGCUCUGAGUUCGGAAUCGCUUUCGUGGACGAUGCAGCGGCCGCGUUAGUGUCAGCGUUGGGGUCCGUCCUGGACGCGAGCGGUGAAGACAGCACGGUGCAGUGGGGGUCGGAGUUGGUGGGCUGCCUGCCCUCGCUGAGCGGCAUCAAGGCGGACGAGCAGCGGCUGCACAACGAGUCGUUGGCUGAGAUCGCCACUUGGCUCUCGAGUCACCCGAGCGACCUGGCCGUGAUCUACACGGAGAUCGGAGACGAGGUUGGCACGUACUCGCAGACGGAUGCGCUGCUGGAGCUGUACACGACGACGUUCGGAGACAUGCUCUUCUCACCGUCCGACUUGAAGAGUGCCGGCGGCGACUGGAACGGCUUCACGCUGGAAGAGCUCAUCGGCCAGGGCAAGCAGGUAAUCCUGGUGACCACGCCUGAGGCGAACGAUCAGAUGUUCUACAUGCGCGAGCUGUGCGCGGGCUGGGCGGACGUCCCGAGCAGCACGACCGGCUCGGCCGGCACCUUCUUCGGUGAGACAAUGAACGCCGGUACGCUCGUGCGCGCCUUCAAGAGUGAGUUGCACUAUGCCACACUCACCGAGGACGCGUUGAGCGGCGGCAGCGUGGAGGUGGACACUGCUGCUGAGCCCGGCCACGUGAACGCCUCGACUCUACCGGUGUUCGUGGCCGCGGGCGUGAACAUCCUGGCCCCGGACGAGCUCGACGGCACGAUCAUGGCCGCGCUGGUCUGGUCCUGGGCCGAGAACGAGCCGGACGUGGACACCGUCACGGCCGUGCAGCUCUCGGCGGCGGACGGCCGGUGGUACGGCGUCGCGGACUCGUCCAGCAUCAGUCACGUGGCGUGCGUGAGCAGCAGCAACCGCACGAUGUGGGAGCUCGUGGCGCAGGGCUCCAGCUGCCCGGACGGCUACGCGGCGGGGGCCCCGCGCUUGGCGGCGGAGAACUCGGCGCUGCUGGCGGUGCUGCAAGCAGAGUCGAGCGACGCCACGGCGCAGCUGGACGUGGAUCUGACCAACUUCCCGGCCAUCUCGGCCGCGGACCAGGCCGCGUACGACGCCGGCGACACCAGCAGCAGCCCGUCGCGCAUCGGCGCGGACGGCACCGAUGGCAGUACGGUCAGUAGCCCGUCGGCGGCGAUGGGGGCAACAGCGGCGUGGUCGCUGGCUGCUGCUGCGGCCGUGCUGGCCGUGGCCAUAUAUUGA